AUGUCCAACAGCUGGACCAAUGAACAAACGCUCUUCCUUCUCGAACUUCUCCUCGUUGCUCGCCGAGACGGUCAGCUUGAGAAUUCCUGGCGAGACAUUUUCGAAGACUUUGUCUUCCUGCUGGAAGCGCGCUUUCACGUCAAGAGAGGAUUCGCGGCCGUCCGAUACAAAUACUUUGGCCUGAAAAAGCUCUGGGAAGUCUUUUGCCUCGUGCUAGAACAACCGGGAACGCAGUAUAACGAGGAGACUGGCGAGCUCCGAAUGACUAGCAAGACGACAAGCCUCAUCAGGUCGCAACAUAAAAAGACUUAUGGCAUACUCAAUCCCAAGCCACUGGUGUUCAACGACGUCAUUUCCCUUUCUUCGUGGGCAGAGAUUUUUGCAGCCGACUCUACGUACAGCGGAACGAUGGCGGCAUCGCCGGACCCGGGCAGCCUGAAGCGGAAGCACGCAGCCGAGCAGGACGAGCGAGACACUGAGCAGGACACCGAGCAGGACACCGAGCAGGAAGACACUGUGGACGGUGGCGGUGGUGUGCAGAGGGGAGACCACAGCAUGGCGGUUACGGACGACGAGGUCGACCGAGCCGAGUGGCAACUGGUCCAUCAGCCAGCCGCUGCGUCGGGCCUGCGUCUGAGCACGGCGACGAUGCCAACACCACGCGUUACCCGGUCCAGCGCAGCCGCGUCCGCAACUGGACCGGCACCGGCAACGGCACCGGCACCAGCACCGGCACGUGCACGUGCACCUGCAACUGCGACCGCUUCACUCGGCAGCGUCUGGAGCAAGAGGGCUCUCGAUCGCGCAGGGGCGCGAGUCGGCACGGCCGUUUCCCCUGCGUCAACCAGCAUGGCACCACCACCAAAUGCCGUGCAGCAGCGGCAGUAUGUCGGCGCCUGCGAGGUCGUGGGAGCCAGGGACCUCGCCGCGGCCAUCACGGACUGCCAAACGCUGACCGGCGCACUCGGAAUGGCCGCCGUGAUCCGGGUGAUUGCGUGGCUGAAGAGUCACGAGCUGAAUCCGGUAAUCUGGAACGCGUUGUCGUCAAAGGCGCACAAGACGGCGUGGAUAGACUCGAAUUUCGGCGAAGGCGCCAGCUUUUAG